AUGUCAGGUAUCGCCGGUACGAGCCAGGAUACGAGCGUUGCUGCAUCGGCUUCGUCCUCAAGCACUCGGCCCGCAGCUGCGAGCAGCAGCAUUGCUCCACCAUCACCAUCUCUAACUACCGCUCCCGUAAAGGAGCAAGAACAAGAUGAUGAUGACGACCAGGAAAACGACGACGAAGAAGAAGAAGAAGAAGGAACGGCUGCAAUUACCGGCGCCGACGGUCUGACGGCAAAGCAGCGCAAGAAGAAAAAGUCCAAAGCCGCCGCCAAACUGCGCAAAAAGCUGGGUCUCGGCGGUUCUCCAACCGACGCUUCAGAGGGCAAGCUUCUGGCAUCUGGCUCUUCGCGUGAAGGCAAGAUCAGCGACGAAGUUGUCAGCCAGGUUCAAAGAGCCGUACAGGCCGAACACGGCUCGGUUGCCGCCAACGCGGUCACGAAAGCGAACCUUGCUAAAGUCAUGGCCAUGAUGAACCUGGAACGCGAUGCUAUGCUCAAGUCGCAAGAUUCCAAGCAAAAGGCGCAAAAGGCGAUUGCCGAUCACAAGUUUUGGAAGACACAGCCCGUGAUGAAACCCACCGACGCACCAGUGGUCAAGUCGGAUCAAGAGGGUAGCAUAGAAGCCAGUGUACCUCCCGAGCAAGUUCGACAGGAACCUUACCCGUUGCCCGCCGACUUUGAAUGGGUCAUGAUCGACGUUGACAACGAAGGCGAGUUGAAGGAGGUCUACGACUUGCUCAGCGCCAACUAUGUCGAGGACGACGAUGCCACGUUCAGAUUCGAUUACAGCCCCGAAUUCCUGCAUUGGGUGCUCAAGCACCCAGGCUACCAAAAGACGUGGCACAUCGGAGUGCGCGUUGCUUCGACCAAGAAGCUGGUCGCUUUCAUCAGCGGAAUUCCACAUGAGCUCAGAGUGCGCGAGAAAUCGUACCAAUCAACCGAGAUCAACUUCUUGUGCGUCCACAAGAAGCUUCGAUCCAAACGUCUGGCUCCCGUCCUCAUCAAGGAAGUGACGAGACAGUGUCAUCUUACGGGCGUCUUCCACGCCAUCUAUACGGUCGGUUCUGUUCUGCCCACUCCAGUGUCGUGCUCGAGGUACUAUCAUCGAACGAUCAAUGCCAAGAAGUUGGCCGAGAUUGGAUUUUCGGCGAUCCCGCACAACAUGUCGAUGGAAGCGCAUGUCAAGCGCUUUGAGCUGCCCGCAAAGACCAACCUGCCCGGGUUGAGGGAAAUGGAGCGGCGCGAUGUGGCACAAGUGGGUAAGCUGAUGCGUCGAUAUAUGCGACGGUUCGACAUGGCUCCUCGAUUCAGCGACCACGAGGUUGAACACAUCCUACUCAGUGGACGUGGUGAAGCAUGUCAAGGUGGUCGGGGCAGGAAGGGGCAAGUGACGUGGACGUAUGUGGUCGAAAAUAGCGAGGGUCGAAUCACGGAUAUGUUCGCGUUCUACUCGCUGCCUUCGAGCAUUUUGGACAGCGACAAGCACCAGAGUCUGAAUGCAGCGUACCUCUUCUACUACGCGACGGACGUGGUGUUCCAGGGCGAUUGCGAUUGCGAUUCUGAUUCGUCCGGUGUUUGUGACGCCGAGACCGGACGAGCGUCGACUUCGCAGCCAAGCUCGGAACGUGCUGUGGCGCUGGCAGCCGGAAAGGCCGCAUGGCAAUGCAACUCGCUGACGAAUCUGACAUCUUGCGAGCUUGCCGACGAAGCGCGCGUUGCUGCGUGGGAUAGCGAGCCUGCACACAUCAAGACUGCGCUCAAGACGCGUCUCAACCUGCUCAUUAACACGCUCCUGAUUAUCGCGCGCGAUCACGACUUUGACGUGGUCAACUGCGUCACUGUGAUGGACAACGCGCUGUUUCUGCAGCAACAGAAGUUCGGCCCAGGAGAUGGCUUCUUGAGGUUCUAUCUGUUCAACUGGAGGACCAAACCUGUCGCUGGCGGAAUGGGCGCCAGACCAGGCGAGGCCGAAUUGGAUCCCGUCCAGGCUUACGCUAGGUCCAUGGCGAAACGCGCUGCCCACACCGACGACGACGACGUCAAGCGCUUGGCCGAACAAUUGAUCCGAAACGCCGCCAUCAAUCCAGCCGAAGUAGGUUCCGGUAACGGCAUCGUCAUGGUCUGA